UACCCGCGCUAUUCUCUCUUUAUGGAAAGUUCUAAAGGCUAGGGAAGACAGACCUCAGAAAAUUUCCGUGAUGUGGUCUGUGAGACUGGCAGUGAUUUUGUUGAUAAUCUGCGCCGCCCAUCAAUCAGAUGGACUUAAGUCCCUAGUAGGUUGCCUCACUGGACUACAAGCUCUUUCUGCGAAUGAGCAAAUUAUGAGACUCUUUGACACCGCUCAAUUGGCGGAGUCACUCAACGUGUUGGCAACCAACACAGAAUUCGGACCACAACUUCAGUCUUGUCUGCAAGGCGAUAGUUCACAAGAUGCACAGCAAUUAACGGCGUCCAUGUUGGAAGCCAUGGGCCAGGAGGCCUCGGCAGAUCGCACACAGUUUAUUAACAGCUUUACCGAUGCUUACAAAGAGAUUAUAGCACAGUUGAUCUCUCAGGCCAUAGAGGUUGAAAAGGCGGUCAAAGAAGUUAAUGACAAGAGAAUCGAAUUGGUCAAUACAACUAGCAUGUUCAACGAAAUAUGGAAAAACGUUAGGAAAAUUCGCUUGGAGCAAGAACGUACCCUGGAAACGUUCGACGUUUUUCUCAAGGAUUCUAUAAUGCAGAAAUCGGCCCAAAUAAGUCGUGAAGUCAGAGACGGUAACAAGGAAAAGUGGACUGUACCUAACGUUCACAGUGAGCUGGUGAAAACAAUGGACAAAGUGAAGAAGAUCAUCGCCAAAGUGUUGGUUCAUUAUGAAGGAUUUAAUAAGAUGCAAACGAUGCUGAAUGAGAUGAUAGAAAAUUACAUAGCAAGUCAGAUGUACUCAGCUUUACAAAGCACUACACUGGAGCCUAUCAUGCUCAGGGAACUACCUCUCAUUCAACGCUUUAAGAGAUUCGCCGAGCUCACAAUUAGUAAAAGUCUACGCAUUUCCACAAGACUCAUGUACGAUAGCAUGACUGUAGGGAUAGAGAAGGCCGAAGAAUACUCAACAGGGGUCAAUGAUACUCUAGAUAGCGUCGAAGAAGCAAUGAAUGGAAUUGAUUCAAUCGCGAUAACAACAUCAUGCGACAAUGCUAAAGAGUUGGCGCGUGCUGCUGGACAGAAAAUGGUCGACGAAGGAAUAAAAAGUAUCAAAGAAGGUCCAUCGAAGACUGCUGCAGCCUAUAAAGUGGAGCUGGAAAASUUUAUCAAAGAUAACGCCGUUCCCAAGAUGCAACUAGACAUCCCCCCAGCAGAUGCCUUACAAGUCAUCAUGCGAUCACUUCCGCCUAGAGAAGACAGGAAGCCCAAGUUAACAUCCGCUUACAACUACCUUGCUAAGUUCUUCGGCAAUCCCCUUGACAUAGCAACAUCAUAUACUAUAGUAAAUCCCGAUAGCAGUGGAAAUCAGGGAGGUGGAGGAGGAGGAGGAGGGGGUGGUGGUGGAUACAAUGUUGUGCAGCCCGGUGGGGGUGGAGGCGGAGGCUAUACCGUAGUCACUGUCCAGGAGGUGGCUAUACGAUCGUAA